UCACACACAAACUCGGGGAGGAGGAAAACCCGAAAGAAUGAGGGGCAUCAGCUAGAGAGAGAGUGGGGGAGAAAAACAACCCCGGGUCGGGCAUUUCCUCGACUCCUAAUUUGAUUUGUGGACUGUGAAGCUCUGGGAGAGCCAGGGGGGGGAGCAGGAUAGUAGUAGAACCUCUUCCACCCCCUCCUCCUCCCGCGUGAUCACCACCAGGAGAAGCAGCGCAGGCCCAGAGAAAUUAAUGCUUGGUGGACAGGCAUUAACAAAGGGCUGAAGGGGGGGGGCAUCUACUGGAGUCGCUGCAGGGCAAGACAGCCCCGCUCCUCCUCUCGUCAGUAUCUGUCUCCCCCCUCGGUGCGAGAGGGAGGAAGGAGGAAGCCACGCAGAGGAUCCCGUCGCUCCCCCGUGAGAGGACUGUUUUGGCCGUGAUCUCCUCCCUGGGUGUGAGGGGGCACCAUCAGCACCCCCUCCCCUUGGAUCCCCCCCUUAGUUGCAUGAGAAAAGGGGGUCGUUUUUCCACGCUGCCUAAGCUGCGGGGGUCGCUGCAGCAGCAGAGAGCGGUGUGCGCUCCCCCAGCCCCGCCGCGCAGACGCGUCUGAGCGGACACACCGACCCACGGACCCCGCACCGUCCGCUCCAGGGGACGCUGUCGUGUGACGAGGCUCUUGCACUCUCCUGCUCGGCUCGGGUCAAACGGACGUUGGAGUUAGGACCUACAGACGCGUGAAGGGCCCGGGGCCCCCGGGGGCCACUGCUUCCAGGUCACAGUGGAGAGGGAGGAGACUGGACCGAGCCUCAUUGUUGCUACUAUUUCCCCUCCAGCCUCUCUUCCUCUUCCUGGCAUCAACUUAUUCAAUACAAACCCCCUCCCUCCCCUUGUUAUUUGGUAUAAAGUUGAUCAUUAAAUGAGAGCGCGCACAAGCGCAACUGAGUGAAUCUGUCCAGGUGGAGGGGAAUUACCCCCCUCCUCCACUCCACUUCCCUGUGGAUUUAAGGCUCUUAUGCCAGACAUCCCGGCUGUCUGCACCCUGUUCUCCUGCAGUGGCUCCGUUACCGAGCGAUGGCCAUGGUGAGUGGGGGCUGGGGAGAUCCCAAUGGGGGCACUAACGGGCUGGGCGACAAGAACUACCUGCGGGGCGAGGAGGAGGACGGCUCCCCCCAGGCCGGCGGCAGCGACAUGGAGGCCGGCGACGACGACAAGGCGUGCGUGGUGGACUGCGUGGUGUGCGGGGACAAGUCCAGCGGCAAGCACUACGGCGUGUUCACCUGCGAGGGCUGCAAGAGCUUCUUCAAGAGGAGCGUGCGGAGGAACCUGAGCUACACGUGCAGGUCAAACAGAGAGUGUCAGAUCGACCAGCAUCACAGGAACCAGUGCCAGUACUGUCGCCUGAAGAAGUGUUUCCGUGUUGGUAUGAGAAAAGAAGCAGUUCAACGCGGUCGCAUCCCCCCCCAGCCGAGCCUCAGUCCCUCCAUCACUCCCAUCGGCGGGGCCGGCGGCCUCGGCGUCGGGGAGUUCUACAACAACAACAACGGCGCCAGCGGAGGAGGUCAGCCGGUGUCGGAGCUCAUCUCCCAGCUGCUGCGGGCCGAGCCGUACCCCAGCAGCCGCUACGGCCACCAGUACAACCAGCAGGCCGGCCCCGACAACGCCAUGGGCAUCGAUAACAUCUGCGAACUGGCGGCGCGGCUGCUCUUCAGCACGGUGGAGUGGGCCAGGAACAUCCCCUACUUCCCCGAGCUGCCCGUGUCCGACCAGGUGGCGCUGCUGAGGCUCAGCUGGAGCGAGCUCUUCAUCCUGAACGCAGCGCAGUCCGCUCUGCCGCUCCACAUGGCGCCCUUGUUGGCCGCGGCGGGGUUCCACUCGUCCCCCAUGUCCGCCGAGCGCGUGGUGUCCUUCAUGGACCAGGUGAGGAUGUUCCAGGACCAGGUGGACAAGCUGACGAGGCUGCAGGUGGACUCUGCCGAGUACAGCUGCCUCAAGGCCAUCGCCUUGUUCUCACCGGACGCCUGCGGUCUGGCCGACCCGGUGCACGUGGAGUCCCUGCAGGAGAAGGCCCAGGUGGCCCUGACGGAGUACGAGAGGAUGCAGUACCCGAGUCAGCCGCAGCGCUUCGGCCGGCUGCUGCUCCGCCUGCCGGCCCUGCGCGCCGUCCCCGCCAGCCUCAUCUCCCAGCUCUUCUUCAUGCGCCUGGUAGGAAAGACCCCCAUCGAGACGCUGAUCCGUGACAUGCAGCUCUCCGGAAGCUCCAUCAGCUGGCCGUAUGUUCCAGGACAGUAGCUCCGGGGACGCGUGAGGUCUCCAUCUGGGGUUAGGAAUGGUAGGGAUCCACAGGAACCCAACCUGACUCAUCGCUAUCCAUCUGUGUGGUUUUUAGACUUUAUUACCAGCAGUCGUCAAAAACGUCCGGUUACCGUAACUGCUCAGUUCCCACCGUACGAACCGAACCCUCGGCCUCCAGAGAAGAGCGAGGUCCGUGCCAGGCGGGAGCGCCGCCGUUGCCAGCCCCAGUCGUACUGGUGCCAGGUGUCAGGACAGAAACCAGCUUGUCACGCUGGGCUUCGAUAUGGCCAAUCAUGUCACCCCCCACAUGUCACAAUGAACUCAAGACUGCAGUCUCAAGCGGAGAGGACAGCAGCUCGCUGCGACAGCUCCAGCGAAAGGACGACACUCCCUUCUGACUCAAUUCCUUCCACACUGUGCUCGUUUUUUUCCACGGAUCAUCUUUGUGUUUCAGUUAACUCUUUCUUUUUUUUAAACCGCGUAACAGAUCAUGUGAUUACGCAUAACGACGGAUUUAAGCGACCGGGCUGAAGAAUCAAAGCUUUGUGCGUGAUUGUUGGCGGGAGCCUCCCGAGGAACCGGGGGGAAGUGAAACCAGGGAGAGUUCACCAAAGGCUCACACGUCACCUCCAGAGGCUGAUUUAAAUAAAAAAAAAAACAGAAAA